CACGAAUAAUUGUCCCGGUAUUCCUACUCACAAGGAGAUCCUAUAAAUCUGGGUAUUUUGGGGAAAAGAAAGCGGGCGAACACAAGGACCGGUAACGCGUGUCAGUACUCCGCACCCGAUACGGUUGUCCCUCUCGCUUUCGAGUGUUUUUUGUACUUCGCCGCUUUCACCGUGAACGCUCGAUCGACUUUCUAGUACAGUGCGAUCUCGCUGUCUAUCGAGGUAGUGCAGACGGUGUCAAUCUAUUAGCGGGACGGUUGCGACUGGCAUUGCAUGAGGCUGAUAGUAGUUUUCUAAUAAUUCAUUUGAGUUAAAAAUUGCUGGCGUGAUGGGGUCGUUAGAGGCUGAGCACAGACACAGGGAACAUCUACCAGCACUUGGAUUUCUUGGUAAAGACGGGCCUGGAUACGCUCCUAAGCACCCCGCUAUUGCAACAGCACCUACAUCCUCCCCAACACCACUUAUGAGUCCAACAACCAUGUAUCCCGGCCAACCUUUGCCUCUUACCUACUCAGCAUCGACUGGCGCGGUUCCUCUGCAGGCUGGGUAUAUAUCGCCUCCGGAUUCGCGACGCGCACUUGAUGAGGAGAAGGAGAAGCAGCAGCCACAGCCUCAGAGGCAGUCACUUCCGUCCAUCCAUGAGGCUCUAGGGAAUGACAACCAUCUACCAUAUCCUGCACCCUCCCCAGCCCCUCCACAACAAACUCAUCACGUACCGCCUCAUUCCUUACCUUCCAACAUUGUUGGACGGUCAGGUACUGAGGGGCCUCCAGGGCCUCCAAAUCCUUUCUCGAAUGGAGCAUCAACCGGUUCCUUCAUAAGAGAGUCUGCUUUUACCCAUCAGCCGCAAUUGCAACCGGAGGCCUCAAGGUCAAGCUUGGCAUCGAUCAACACUCAAGACUCGAGAAACGCGUCGUUGCAAUCGCUCAGUUCCGGAAAGUCGCCUACUCAAAGCACAAAAACUGGCAAUACUUCGAUUUCCGGCUCCCAGCUUGGUUCCGGCUACGAGUACAGUGCGCCUCCCUCCGCUGGUAGUGUAGCCUCACCCAAUGGUUAUGGCGCGUUUUCGCAACCGUUUCCAUUCCAGUCACAACCCCCACCAAGUGCGCCGGCAUAUCCAUCUGCUUCUUACGACGCUCGACCAUUUAUGGGGGCAUCGUGGAAGCCCGGUGUCCCAGAAACCGCUCGUGUGGACGCAACCCGGCCUCCCAUUGCGGGACAGCCCCAAAGCGAUUCUGUCAAACGCCAUCUGGAUAUUUUUGAUGUGGAGACAUCCCUGAAUGAGAUUGCCGAAAUUAGCGCGAGAACUACGGAUUUUUCGAGGAUUUACGCGGCAAGGGCGCACCAAACCCAGCGUUCUGGCCCUAUAUUGGGUUCUUUGCCCUCGCUACAUGAAGUUGAGGAGAUGCUCGGCUUGCAGCGUCGUAAUCAGGAUGCGUUGAUGCGUAUACGAACAGCCGUCCUUAACCAGGAGCAUGCCAUAGCGGAGCAGAUGGCACAAAGGAAGGCCUUUAAAGCCGGUGGGGCACACGACGAUGUGCACAUGGCGAUGUACCAGGAGGAUUAUAAGGGCAGCGGCGGGUUUGCCGGCGCAGAUUCGAAAAAACGACGAGGGAAAGCUGCCCCUCCCGGUCGUUGCCACAGUUGCAACCGAGCCGAAACCCCGGAAUGGCGCCGUGGUCCCGAUGGUGCCCGGACUUUGUGCAAUGCCUGUGGCUUGCACUAUGCGAAAUUAACGCGCAAAAUGGGUGCGAACAAGGCAUCAUCUUUGGGUUCAAACUUAAAACCCAAGACUGCCCUUGACUCCGCAUCACCAAAUAGCCAUUGACAUGUUAGCCUGUUCAUUUAUGUGGCGUUGGAAACGGCCUGGGAUUAGAAGUGCAGGCGUUUUGAGUCCUGUUUCCACUUU